CGGUGGGCGGUGGUGCGGUGGGGGUAUCGACCGUGCCACCGUCUCGCUCGCGCAGAAGCCUGCGAGCCGCGCCAUGACCGCCACGCGCGCCGGGCCCGCGCCGCACACAACAUGCACCACUGCCGGCAACUCUCCAAAUUCUGCAAACUCCUCAUCGUGAUCGUCCUCUACUUCGCCGCUUACGUGACCAUCGUGUGCAUGGCCCCCAAGCCGAUGUACAGCUUCGUGAGCGACGACAUCCGAGUUGGGAACAAAUACGUGCUGGUGUACCUGGUGGGCGGCGCGCCGGCGAUGUCGGACGCGGAGGGCGCCGACGUGUUCCGGGGCCGGCGCUGCGGCGCGUGCUUCAUCACCAACAACAAGGGGUUCCUGCCGCUGACGCAGUACGACGCGGUGGUGGUGGCGGGCCCGCGGCGCCUGCUCGCCGACGCCGCAGCCUUCAUGGAGCCGGAGAAGCGGUACCUCAUGGAGGCCUCCCCGCUGUGCCUUCAGAACAAACUGUUGGGUUGUUAUAGUGAGCCUAGACUGACCUCGUUCGCUACCAGGGACAAUUUCGACUUGUGCGGGUUGUGUCGACAUCUGCACGAGAAGCGGAAGAUGUGGCGCGAGGAGCCCCCCGGGGACCACUGAUGGCUGUGUGAUGUGUCGAGGCCUUGUAAGCUAAGCUUUACGCGGCAUAAGCUCGGACGUCCUCGCGACACAAACGAGCGAGUCAUCCGAGUUUAUGUCGGUAGUUUCGUGCUAGUGUAAGUGAAAUCGGCCUGCCAAAAUUUUAUUAAAGAUGAUAUUUACCCAAAGAUAUACAUUAUAAAAUGUUACGAGAUGUAAGAAUGGUGCUUUGCUGUCGAGUUGAUCGUGUUUUGGCUUCAACUCAUGCAUGUUGAAACUCCUUAUCCGAUUUGAAUGAGAAUUAUUCGAUUUUAAUUUUAAACUAGGUUCAUUUAUAAAUACUGCCAUUAGUACAUAUUCUAAUUAUGAAUACAAUGCCAGCUCACAUAAUACUGUUAAUAAAUUCUAUUCUGUUCGUAAACAGCUGAAAAUAAGCGACCUUCCUCACAACACGAUUCAAUAUUGCAUUGAUCUGCGAUACCUACAUUAGGUACAUGUAACAAAAGAAAGUGGAUUUUGAUUGUUUUUUCUGAAGUUGGAUCUUAUUAUUUCAUGCAUACUCUACAGCCACGAUUUGACGUUUCAUCAUACGUAUAUCUAAAAUGUCAUCCUAUAAGGUAUUUUUUUUUAAAUUAUUGCGGCAUUGGUAUACACACUGCUACCUUACUCGUAAAUUCAAAUCGUCAAUUGUUUCGAACGAAGAAAUGAGAAAAUAAGAAAUGAUUUGUCAGAAAAGGACGCAACAAACAAUAUCAAUACAAAAACAGCAGACUCAAAACUUACAUACCUAAAUUGACAAUUAAAAAAAAAGGAAAAAUAAUGUCGUGUCGUGGCGCUGUGAGGACGGUCGCUAACCGUCUCAAAUUAUGUACAUAAUAGAUAACUACACUGACAGCUGAGGUUCUCAAGACAAUAAUAAAACUGUCUUAAAUUUUUUAGAACAAGUUUGUAGAAUUUACAUACCGCAUGAGGCCAUUAAAUAAUUGUUGCGUAAUCUAGUUUUGUUUCCUUUUUCGUUUAAAUUUCUGGUAUCUUCAUACAUUGUGGUUCAUUUUCACGGCGUUGUUGCGUCUUGUUAAUUUGUUUUGUAUAAAUACGAGUGUGUGGUAUUACUUCCUCGUUCAUCGUCCUUUGUAAAAUCGUCAAUAUUUAAAAUACCUCUUGGUAUGCCGUCCCACCUUUGUAAAUAUUUCUUAAGAUGACAAGAUAAACAGCCUACCUAUAUGUAUAUACCUAUGUCCCACUGCUGAGCAAAUGCCUGCUUUUAAUCAACUGGAGGAGGAAUGGAGCAUACUGCACCACACUGCUCUAGUGCGGGAUGGUGGAAGUGUUUCAGCCCGAGAUCAACGGCUUAACGUGCCUUCUGAUGCACAAGGGCAUCUUACUUUUU